AUACAACAAUUGAGAGUUUUCUGGGCCUUUAUACAACACUUGUUCGCUAGGGUUUCGGUGCAGAUUUUGAUUUUCGUUUCAUCUGAAUCGUCAGAGGGUUUCUGCAAACUUGCGGAGCUAUGUACGGAUCAAGAGGGGCAAUGUUGGGGAGCGGGGGGUUUUCAGACGGGUACGAGAUCGGCUCAAAGAGACCAAGAAUGAUGGAAUCAAAUCCCUACUUCGCAGUGAACAGCAGUGCAAGUGGCUAUCAGCAGGCUUUUGACUAUGAUAACAGAUCUCCGCCUUCUGCCUUUCCUGUUGUUCGUUUAAGGGGUCUUCCAUUUGAUUGCACUGAAAUUGACAUUUACAAGUUCUUUGCUGGCCUGGACAUUGUGGAUAUUUUUGUGGUCAACAAGGAUGGUAGGUUCUCUGGAGAAGCAUUUGUUGUCUUUGCUGGUCACAUUCAAGUGGAUUAUGCUCUUCGGAGGGAUAGGCAGAACAUGGGGAGGAGAUAUGUAGAGGUUUUCAGUUGCAAGAAGCAAGAUUAUUACCAAGCUAUAGCUGCUGAGGUGAAGGAAGGAGGUUAUGAAUCUGACUACCGUGCUUCCCCUGCACCUCGUCCAAAGAGGGCCCAGAACAAAGAUCAAAUGGAGUACACAGAGAUAUUGAAGAUGCGCGGUCUCCCAUACCGCUGUAAGAAAUCUGAUAUUCUCAAGUUUUUUGGUAAGGAAUUUAACCUUACAGAUGACAAGAUAAACAUUACCUACCGUUCUGAUGGAAAAGCUACUGGUGAUGCUUAUGUGGAGUUUGCAUCGGCUGAGGAGGCAAAGGAAGCUAUGUGCAAGGACAAUAUGGAGAUUGGAUCAAGGUACAUCGAGCUAUUUCCUUCAUAUCCAGAUGAAGCAAGACAAGCUGGAUCAAGAUCACGACGAUGAUGGAGAAGAUUUUCUAGUAUGGAAUUUUUCAUUUUGGGUUUAGACGUUUAGUCCUGUUAAAGACUCUCACCCCGUUCCCUUGCUAUGUUUUCUACACAAUAUAUAUGAACCUGUGGAAGUUAUCGGACUGUCCGUCUUGGAUGUCUUAGUUGUGGUAUUGGCCAACUCACUUUCAACUCUUGUGCCAUCAAUUGAUUGUCUCUUUGUUCUGUAGUUU